CAGACCACCUCCUCCUCAGGACCAAGCCAAACACGUCCUCUGGGCCGUCCCGUCUAUCAAGGCACUUUAACCUAGACGGAGAACUGUAAUUCAACUGAAGCCGUGAUCUAACGUCCCCCGCAGCACAGCAGGGCAUGGGAGUUAUGUGAAGUUGCUGAGAGAGGACGCUGAAAAAUAGAUUCAACACUCCUGCUGGAGCAAAGACACAGCCAUGGGAAGGCCACUGUUGGGAGUCUCUCUGGUCCUGUUUGCUGUGAUGCUGAUGGGCACUGUGGCCAAAAACUGUGUGUGUAAUGGAAGAUCAAGGUGCCACUGCAAAGGAGUGAAAGGCAGCCGGGGAGACAAAGGUUUCCGAGGAGUUACCGGUCCCCCAGGGCCAGGGGGCCGUUCUGGAUCAGAUGGUCGUCCUGGGCCUUUUGGACCGAAGGGCAGCACUGGGCCUGAUGGACUGAAGGGGCCGAAAGGCGAUCCGGGACCCGAUGGCAAAGAAGGGUUUGCUGGCUCUCAUGGUUUACCGGGAAUCCCAGGUUUACAAGGGCCUCCAGGACUCCCAGGGGCCUCUGGCUGCAAUGGAACUGAUGGAGAAGAGGGGCCUCCUGGGUUUCCCGGCGUCCAUGGCCUUGAUGGAAGUGCAGGUCCACCUGGUCUGCCUGGACCUAAGGGUGAAUCUCGGGCUUCAGGGAAUGCAGUACCAGGGCCACCCGGGUUACCGGGGAGGGACGGAGAGCCGGGAAGUCCAGGUUCCCGUGGAGAGCACGGACUACCAGGGGACCCUGGACCUAGGGGCUCCUUUGGGUUACCUGGUCGUCCUGGAUCCUCAGGAUCAAAGGGUCAAGAAGGCACAGGCGCCAUCCCAGGACCUCGGGGGACGCAGGGGAGAUCAGGACCACGCGGACCACCAGGGCCACCGGGUCGAAUCAAGGAGUUUUUUACUGGGAGUCUCGUGUUAAAGGGUGUAAAAGGAAGCGCAGGAGACGUAGGAAUAAAAGGAUGCAAGGGAACAACAGGGGACCCAGGUUAUGGCUAUGACACCAAAGGAGUAAAAGGAGACAGAGGUCUGGAGGGUCCAGAAGGAAAGUCCGGGAAGGAUGGCGAUCCUGGACGAUCAUCUCGGGGAUGGCCUGGCCCCAGAGGUGAUCGAGGAUAUGCAGGGACACCAGGAGGAACGGGUGAAAAGGGAGAGAGAGGUAGCCCUGGUCCACCUGAAGAUAUAUUUGGCCCUUUGACUGAGCCACUCAAAGGGUACCGCGGAGAUCCUGGUUUUCCAGGCUCACCUGGGCUCCUUGGACGUCAAGGUGUUGAAGGAUUCCCUGGACCUGAUGGACCCCCAGGCCAUUCAUCUGGGUUUCAUGAGCCGGGCCCUAGUGGUCCCAACGGGUUUCCAGGCCACAAAGGAGACCCUGGGGAGCCGGGGGAUAUUUAUCCGGGACUCCCAGGUCGAGAUGGGGGCGAUGGGGAUCAAGGGCCUGCUGGGGAUCCGGGCCCACCUGGACCUCCUGAAGACAGAACUAACAGGAUCACGAAAGGUCUCCCAGGAAUGAAGGGAACACGAGGUCCGCCUGGACCGAUGGGAUAUGAUGGGCCGUAUGGAAUAAAAGGAGUGAAGGGGGAGACGUGUUAUGAUUGUAUUGGAUCAGGAUUCUCAGGGCCGCCGGGUCCACGAGGCCAACCCGGCAUCCCUGGAUAUAAUCAAGGACCAGGUGCCAAAGGUGAUCCAGGCCUCCCGGGAGCUAGUGGCUUACCUGGAAGACCAGGUCCAAUUGGUCAAAUAGGAUUUCAAGGCCCUCUGGGACCAAAGGGAGACUCGUAUUCCUCCAACACUCCUGGGAUAAAGGGAGAGGAAGGAUACCCGGGACAGCCUGGCAGGCCUGGUGCCGAUGCCCUCCCUGGGUUUCCUGGACUACCGGGUCGUAAAGGCGAUCAAGGGCCUCCAGGGGAUUCGUAUCUCUUCCCGGGUGCAGAGGGAGACCGGGGUUACCCAGGGCCACCCGGGCCUCUCGGCAGACCGGGACCAGUGGGCCAGCCUGGGCUUGUGGGCUUUGGGCCUGCUGGACUUCCAGGAAGUCUGGGCGAUGUUGGCGUCCCCGGCCUGCCGGGACAACCUGGGAUUCCAGGCCAGAAAGGUGAACCUAGCCACGCCCACACCAAUGGACUCUCUGGACUCCCUGGAUUUAAAGGGCUGCCUGGUUCUCAUGGAAGCCCGGGUCAUCUCGGAGCACCGGGUACCCCGGGAAUACCAGGUUUUCGAGGACAGAAAGGAGAAAGUGGUGAGGUGACAUUUCCUGGAAGGCCGGGGAUGCCAGGACAGAAAGGUGACAAGGGGCAAACAGGUCUCCCAGGCUUUCCAGGGAGGGGCGUGCCUGGUCAGCCAGGUUCACAAGGCCUUCCUGGUCCUUCAGGACUAAAGGGUGACGGUGGGCCUGGAUACCGUGGUAUCCCAGGACCCUCUGGGGCCCCUGGAGAAGAUGGAGCUCAGGGGCCUGACGGAGAUCCAGGGACCCCGGGUCUACCUGGGAACCCAGGAGUACACGGAAAUCCUGGUUUUCCAGGAGAAAAGGGAACUAAAGGUGCUGUCGGUCCCCUAGGACUACCUGGAAAUAAAGAUUCAUGUAAAGGGGAUUUACCCAGUCCAACCGGAUCACAAGGACGAGAUGGGUAUCCAGGACAUCCAGGACCAAAUGGCUCCCCAGGUGAAAAGGGCAACCCAGGCUCGCCAGGGUUUGGUCGUCCUGGCGUCCCCGGAGAACCGGGUGUUGUUGGGCCCUCGGUGCCCGGUUCACACGGGCUCACAGGACCACAAGGGACUCGGGGUCAACACGGCCUGCCCGGUCCACCAGGACUGAGAGGAGACCCCGGACCAGAUGGGUUACCAGGAUAUGGACCAGAGGGGUUGCCUGGAAUUAUAGGAUCACCAGGCCAAAUAGGUGACCCCGGCCCAGACGGAGCCAGUGGUUCCUGGGGUCCACCAGGUAUGAAUGGCGACCCAGGUCCCAGAGGUCUUCCAGGCCUUCUGUCGCCACAACAGAUCAAUGUUGUUGGGCCUCCGGGAGAACCUGGCAACCCGGGUUACCCGGGCCUAUCCGGUGCCGGCGGAGAUACUGGAAGUACUGGACCAAAAGGGCGGAAAGGGGUACAUGGAGCUCUAGGGGGUCCUGGACAAAGAGGUCCGCCAGGUGAUCCAGGUGUUGAUGGACUAGUUGUCUCAGAAGGAAGUCGAGGAUCUGAUGGGGCUCCAGGAGAGAGUGGGGUCAUUGGGCAUCCAGGCCUAAAGGGAAUAAAAGGAGAUCAAGGAAUCUCUGGAGGGCCAGGUCCAGCUGGUGCACCAGGUCGAACCGGUAACAAAGGCAUUAAUGGAGAGCCAAAUUACAAUGGAUAUGGAAGGCCGGGAACAAUAGGACAAAAGGGUGAACCAGGAUCAACCAACACUCAUGUGAUGAAGGGUCAGAAAGGGGAACAUGGUUCUGUUGGACCUCUAGGUUUACCAGGACACCAUGGAGCCAAAGGAAACCCAGGGCCUGACGGACAAAAUGGUCCGUCUGGCUAUCCAGGGCCCAAAGCUUCAGAUGGACUUUCAGGAAACAAAGGACAGAGAGGACCCAAUGGACCAGCAGGGGACCCUGGCCCGCCGGGGGUCAGUAGUUAUCCAGGUCCGAGAGGCAAUCAGGGCCGGGAUGGAAUCCCUGGACCACCGGGGCAGAAAGGAGACACAAACAUUAUAGGAGGGGCACCUGGUAGGCGUGGGGACACAGGUCAACAAGGUCCUCCCGGGAGCCCUGGUCCCCCUGGCUUCACUCUGACAGGGAGUCCUGGACCAAUGGGAGACAGGGGAUUUCCAGGAUCAACUGGGGGCUCUGGUCCGAAAGGACUACCAGGAAGGGAAGGGGCUUGUGUUCCUGGGUCAAAAGGAGACCACGGUCAACCUGGCAACCCGGGUGGCCCAGGCUACCCCGGUUUACCUGGCCUUCCAGGCCCCACACUGCCGGGUUUAAAAGGAGACAGAGGGGACUCGGGUCUGACCGGAGCCCAAGGCCAUCGUAGACCCCGAGGAGAUACAGGCCCUGAAGGACCACCGGGUCCAAGAGGCCGACCUGGAGGCCUGGGACGAAGAGGUGAUUCUGGUCCUCCUGGAACCUACGGGCUUCCUGGUGUCAUUGGAGACCCUGGACACAUCUCUGGCCCUCCUGGUCCACCUGGGAUUAAAGGAUUUCCUGGACGACCUGGCGUGAAAGGUGAACCAGCAUCUGUCAGCGUGACGUAUGAACCAGGACCUCCUGGCUCACCUGGUCCCUCUGGCAACCGAGGAGCCCCAGGACACACCGGACCAUCAGGACUAUCCGGCCGACCAGGUCAGUCAGGCGUCAAAGGCAAGCGGGGUUCCAGCCCAGAUGGCCAUCCUGGAUUUACUGGACACAAAGGAGACAAAGGAAUAGCAGGACUGCCAGGUCCAGAAGGCCGAGCGGGAGACUCAGGCAACAAGGGUCGGCCGGGGCUGCCAGGCAAAGGUGGUCCAGGUUAUCUUAACAGUUUCCUGAUAGCCAGACACAGUCAAAGCAUGAGUGUCCCCGACUGCCCUCUUGGCACCAGCCUCAUCUACUCUGGUUACUCCUUCCUCUUCAUCAACGGAAAUGAGAGAGCUCACGGCCAGGACCUUGGCACCACGGGAAGCUGCCUCCCUCGCUUCACCACCAUGCCCUUCCUGUUCUGUGACACGGAGAGUAACUGCCGCUACGCGUCUCGUAACGACUACUCCUACUGGUUGUCCACUGGCACUCCGAUGCCAACCAACAUGGCGUCCAUCACAGGGGAUACACUGGCCUCCUACAUCAGCAGGUGCUCGGUCUGUGAAACCACCUCCAAUGUCAUAGCCGUCCACAGCCAGACCACUCUGACACCUGAAUGUCCCCGAGACUGGGAGUCACUCUGGACUGGAUACUCAUUUGUCAUGCAAACGGGAGCUGGAGCAGAGGGCUCCUCCCAGCCCCUGGUUUCUCCCGGCUCGUGUCUGGAAAGUUUCCGCCAAGUGCCGUUCAUCGAGUGUCACGGCAGAGGAACCUGCAACUACUACCCUGAUUCCUACAGCUACUGGUUGGCCUCCCUAGACCCCAACAGCAUGUUUAGUAAACCUGUUCCUCACACAGUGAAGGGACCUUCUCUACAAAGUGUCAUCAGCCGUUGUCGUGUCUGCAGGAAACCAUGGCAACCAACAGAUGACAAACGUGGGGACAAUUUUUAACAUUUGGUGUUUUUCGAUGUCAUUUGAAAUAAACAAAAUAUGAGAAAUGUGUGAUGAAAUAGUCUUAGUAGUUUAUACUAUGUAUAUCUGUGUGUUACACUGGGUACAGUUACACAUCUGAGUUCAUGAAUCUUAGCUGUGAACGAAAUACGUGUCGCAAACUGCCAAUCACUUUAAUUCAGGUGUUAUACAAGCUCUGACAUUAGUGUAUGUAUUAGUAUAAUGUUAUAAUGACUGAAACAUUUAGUGAAUUAUUAUUAUAUAUAUAUGCUGUAGUGUGCUACCUGUGUGUAAAUGUUCCUGUGACACGUGUGUGACAUGUGUUGUUUUCAUUCUGUUUUUCAUUAAAUGCUUGCAAAAACUCGA